AUGGCUUUAUUAGCUGUUGUUGUGCUGUUUGUUUUAAGAUGCUCUAGCACAUUGAUAGCUGAAGAGCCCCCUCGCACAAGCAAGAGCACUUAUGAAGUUUUGUCCUCUAAUGGAGCCAACACGACAGACACAACCUAUGGCUUUGUGGCCUGUGUGUUUGCAAUGCUGUUGUAUGGCAGUAACUUUGUUCCUGUUAAAACAAUUGAUGCUGGUGAUGGACUGUUUUUCCAGUGGGUAUCCUGCUCAGCUGUAUGGAUUGUUGGACUGGUUGCUGACAUAUUGUUCCACCCCUCCAGAGCCCAUCCUGCAGCUAUGCUUGGGGGAGCGAUUUGGGCUACUGGAAAUAUAACAGCUGUCCCAGUUGUGAAGUUUAUUGGUCUUGGACUUGGAGUUUUGAUUUGGGGAUCCAGUGGAUUGCUAUUUGGAUGGGCAAGCUCAAGGUAUGGUUGGUUUGGGCUUCAUCCAGAGGAAGUAUCCAAACCGAUACUCAAUUACUGUGGAGCUGGCCUCUGUUUGCUUAGUGCCAUCAUUUUCUUCUUUGUGAAAAGUGAUGUUCAAAAACCUCAGUCUACUGAAUCCAUGCCUUUGUUGAUUGAUGAUAGGAGGUUGAAUUCUGAGAGCGCAAGCCCCAGUGAUUCAUGGGUGGACACGAUUUCACCAAGGAGCAAGAGAGUGUUCGGCUGCAUCUUGGCCAUAUUUGCAGGUGUCCUUUAUGGCUGUUCUUUCGUGCCGAUUUUCUAUAUUAAAAUUCAUGCCACAGCCAAUUCAAGUAUGUUCACUGGAUCCAGUCAGAAUGAAAUUGACUACUGCUUUGCCCAUUACAGUGGAAUAUUCCUCAUGAGCACAGUGUAUUUUGUUGCAUACUGUGCAGCUAUGAAGAACAGGCCUAGGAUCUAUCCCAGAGCCAUCUUACCUGGUUUCUUAAGUGGCCUGAUGUGGGGUUUAGCCACAUAUGCCUGGCUUUUGGCGAAUUUCUACCUCAGUGCAGUGAUCACAUUCCCUAUAAUUAAUGCUGGUUACGGGUUAGUAGCUGCUCUGUGGGGAAGUGUGGUAUUUAAAGAGAUCAAAGGACUGGGGAACUUGCUGAUGUUUGCUUUGGCAUCUUGUGUUGUCCUGGCAGGCUCCCUCUUAACUGCUUAUUCAAAGAUCUAAGUUUAUACGUUGUAUUACCACAAGGUGGCAAUGGCGGACCAGGUUUAAACAAAAACUGC